AUGACUGGAGGAGGAAAUAUUACAGGAAUCACCCAUUUCAUCCUGCUGGGAUCCUCAGAUUUUCCCAGAAUCAUUUCAGUGUUCUUCAUUAUAUUUCUGGUGAUCUACAUUACAUCUCUGGCCUGGAACCUGUCCCUUAUUUUUAUAAUAAGGAUGGAUUCCCACCUCCAUACACCCAUGCAUUUCUUCCUCAGUAAUCUGUCCUUCAUAGAUGUCUGCUAUGUCAGCUCCACCAUCCCCAAGGUGCUCUCCAACUUCUUACAGGAACAGCAAACUGUCACCUUUACUGGUUGUAUUAUUCAGUACUUUACCUUUUCAAUAACGGGGCUGAGUGAGUCUUGUCUCAUGAUGGCCAUGGCUUAUGAUCGUUAUUCUGCCAUUUGUAAACCCUUGCUUUAUUCAUCCAUUAUGUCACCCACCCUCUGUGUUCAGAUGGUACUGGGAGCCUACGUGGCUGGCCUCACUGCUUCUUUAUCCCAAAUUCGUGCUUUGCUUUAACUCCACUCUGUGGGUCGAAUGUCAUCAGAUUUCUUUUGUGACAUGCCCCAACUGUUAAUCUUGUCCUGUACAGAUACUUUCUUUGUACAGGUUAUGACUGCUAUAUUAACCAUGUUCUUUGGGAUAGCAAGUGCCCUAGUUAUUGUGAUAUCCUAUGGCUAUAUUGGCAUCUCCAUCAUGAAGAUUACUUCAGCUAAAGGCAGGUCCAAGUCAUUCAACACCUGUGCUUCUCAUCUGACAGCUGUUUCCCUCUUCUAUACAUCAGGACUCUUUGUUUAUUUGAGUUCCAGCUCUGGUGGUUCUUCCAGCUUCGACAGAUUUGCAUCAGUUUUCUACACUGUGAUCAUUCCCAUGUUAAAUCCCUGGAUUUACAGUUUGAGGAAUAAAGAAAUUAAGGAUGCCUUUAAGAGGUUGCAAAAGAGAAGGUGCUGCUGA